GCAGGAAGUCAGCCUUGUUUUCUUUUUUCUGCCCCCCGUUCCACUCUCCUCGGUUCUUCUCUCUUCUCAGCUCCUGACAACCCCCGUUCACACCCUUUCCUCUCUCCCCUCCUCCGUCUCGCUGUCUCUCCUGCUCUCUCAAGCGUGAGAGCAGCUUGUGUGUGCAGCUCUGUAUCCCGGGCGGACGGAGAGAGGGCGACCAAGACAGCCAGGCUGAAAGACGAGGAGGGAGAGGGAGUCUUCCUCUUCGCUUCCUUCUCUCCGCGAGCCAUGGAGGCCCCUGUGAGGGAGCUGGCUCUGGGCAACGAGUCCCUGCCCCCUCCCACCCUCAGCCCGGCCGUGCCCCCCUACGUCCGCCUGGGUCUGACGGUGGUCUACACCGUCUUCUACUCGCUGCUCUUCGUCUUCGUCUAUGCCCAGCUGUGGCUGGUGCUGCACUACAGGCACAAGCGGUUCAGCUACCAGACAGUGUUCCUGUUCCUGUGCCUCCUCUGGGCCGCCCUGAGAGCAGUGCUCUUCUCCUUCUACUUCAGGAACUUUGUGGCGGCGAACACCCUGGGACCCUUCCCCUUCUGGCUGCUCUACUGCUUCCCCGUCUGCCUGCAGUUCUUCACCCUAACCCUCAUGAACCUCUACUUCGCUCAGGUUGUGUUUAAGGCCAAGUCUAAAUAUGCACCAGAGCUUCACAAGUUCAGGUUCCCUCUGUACCUCCUCUUCCUGUGUCUGAGUGUGGUGUUCCUGGUGGUGAACCUGACCUGUGCCCUGCUGGUGAGAACCACAUCAGCAGACGCUCAGACCAUCGUGCUGGUCAGGGUGGCCAUCAACGACACGCUCUUCGUCCUGUGUGCCGUCUCCCUCUCUCUCUGCCUCUACAAGAUCGCCAAGAUGUCGCUGGCCAACAUUUACCUGGAGUCCAAGGGCACAUCCGUCUGUCAGGUGACGGUCAUAGGAGCCAUGGUCAUCCUCCUGUACACCUCACGGGCCUGCUACAACCUGGUGGUGCUGGCCCUCCCCAACAUCAACAGGAUCGACUCCUUCGACUACGACUGGUACAACGUCUCUGACCAGGCAGAUUUGCAGUCGACCCUGGGGGAGGCAGGGUACGUGCAGUCGACCCUGGGGGAGGCAGGGUACGUUGUGUUCGGGGUGAUCCUGUUCGUCUGGGAGCUGCUCACCACCUCUCUGGUGGUCUUCUUCUUCAGAGUCCGACGGCCAGCACGGGACAGGAGUUGCUCAGGGAUCCCAGGACAUAUCUUCUCCUCCAGGGCUUAUUUCUUUGACAACCCCCGGCGCUACGACAGUGACGAUGACCUGGCAUGGAGCAUCAUCCCUCAAAACAGUCAGGCCAGUUUGACUGCAGACAGCUAUGACUGGGGCAGCCGGAACAGCAGUCUCACCCCCUACACAGGAGGCCAAGACCCCUCUCCACCCCCUGAGGAACUGAACCCUUACUGAGGCACUGGGCUCUUACCUCACUGCAUGUUUCUCCACUGGUGAAGACAAAUGAAAAUGUAAUAGUGACUUUGCAGCUAACAUGGCAGUGGACUCUCUGGGUGAACAUUCUCUUAGACUCCACAUUGUAGGACUAUUUUCUACAUUCUGUUCUCUCUUGUGGUCAGAAAUUGUGUGUGUAUGAUAGUCCUUUUUGUAAACAUUGUACAUUCUUUGAAUGGAAAAAUAAUCAGAGAAGUCACUGCAUAGGUCCGGUUAUAUUUUUUCCAAGAUCUACAUAUGCAAAAUGUAUUCCAUCACUUUCAUUGUCUGUUGUGUAUAGGGCUUACUCAUUUACACAUUCAUUAAGGCAGGAAGAACCAUGUAUAGGUAAAAUAUAUUUUGUACUAAUGAAUUUUUCUGGUUUGUGGAACUGGACAAACCACUUGUGGUUUAUAGUAGCUAGUCCAUUUAACAUUAAAUAACUUGUUAAAGUUAGUUUGUA